AUGGACGCCCUCGAAAACAGUUUAAUAUCAAAAAUGAGUCAAAUGACGACCGAUGACAGAGAGAAUUUGAUACGAAAAUUCGCGGAUAUCAUUUCUCCACAAAUUAUUCCACACGACUUAGCUUCAUUCUACUUGGAUCUAGCCAACUGGAAUCUAUCAACAGCACUGUCAGUUUUCUACGAUCAGAAUGGAGAUUUGGUACAUAUGGAAGAAGCAUUCCGGCAGUCAUGUCUAUCAUCAACAAUCAAGGAAUGCACAAACGGGGAAGCUAUUUCUGGGUCGUUCACGUAUCGUCCAAAUGCGACAUUCUUCUGUGGAUGGAGAGUUGUCAACGAUGGGAGAUUCAGAUGGCCUGAAGGGACUCGACUCGCUUUCGUUGAUGGAGAUCCGAUCGACUAUGAAGUAUGGAAAGACACAGUUCUCGACCCGGAUCAGUCAGAGAACAUCGAUAUUCGUAUCACAUGUCCAAUCGAGAUGGGGGAUUUCAAAGCACGGUUCCAAUUUGUGACACCACAGAAUAUCUUCUUUGGAGAGUCAAUUUGGGUCAUCAUCCGAGUUCGUCCUCUCACCGAAGCCGAGGCAGCAAUGGAAGUAUCAGCACAACCAAUGGAUCCAUAUCCAUAUCCACAACAACUCGCUGUGUUACCGUAUAACGAGGGACCAAGUGGAACCCACCCAUCGCCAGUUCAGGAUCCAACUCAUGACGAGGCCAUGAUGGAAUAA